UCCCACCCACCAGCGAAUGACGCACGAGUCAUGUGUUGUUUGUGCUGUGCUCCGUAGUGUACACAGGGCGCGAGGAGCAGAUUGGUAGCCCGCUAGGAGGAUCUACCGAUAAUAGAUCGGGUAAAUGUGGUCAUGUUGCAGUUGCUGGCAUUGAGUUCUAGGAGCAUUGGCUGGGAUAUCUGCUUUUCAUGUGGCGGCCGAGAGAAGCGCAACACUGAGAAGAGGGCUGGAGACGCGCGCCGCUUGAGACACGGUUCCCCCCAAACAAACAUGGGGUCUCGGUCUAAAAGUAUGAGGUAAAGUGACCUUAAAUAUCUUAUCUGAUGGCAAAUUUCGCGAACUACCAAGACGACAAAGCCACUAUGUUGAUGCUGGAAACGCAACAGCGGGCUAUCGGGACUAAACCUGCAGCUGCAGCGGCGAACGGCGACACCUCUGUCGGGGAACCCCCUUCCGUACUAGAUGUCGGCGGCGCUGCUUUUCAUCAACAGAGUGAUCAACAUCAACAGCACCUGGACUCACCGGCGAGGAAAGGGUCCACGUCCUCUCUGAACCGGGCGCACGAGGACUCUGCUGCGAGCAACACACAGGCUACCUCAGCUUCCCCUGCUGUGAACACCAGCUCCGCUGUGUCGGACGAAAUUAGGAAGUGCGGCUAUCUGAGAAAGCAGAAACAUGGCCAUAAGAGGUUUUUCGUCUUGCGGGCGUCGAGUCAUCUGGGGCCGAGCAGACUGGAAUAUUACGACAGCGAGAAGAAAUUCCGAAACACCCAGCGCUCGAGCGCUGCUGCCGCCGCCGCCUCAGCUGGCGCCUCUCCCCCCAAAAGAGUGAUCUAUCUCUACCAGUGUUUCACUGUGAAUAAAAGGGCGGAUUCAAAGAAUAAACAUCUCAUUGCUCUGUAUACUAAGGAUGAAUACUUCGCGAUUGUCGCUGAGAAUGAGCAGGAGCAGGAGGAGUGGUACCAGGCGCUCAGCGAGCUUAUGAGUGAGGAGAAGAGGGGCCACCUGGACGCGGAAGAAAUUGACGAUGGAUAUGGUACUGUGACCCCAGGGACUGACUUCAAGGAAGUGUGGCAGGUAAACGUUAAACCAAAGGGCUUGGGACAGACAAAGAAUCUAAGUGGUGUGUAUAGGCUCUGUCUGUCGGCCAAAAGCAUCCACCUGGUGAAGCUGAACUCUGAGACUCCUUGCGUAAACUUGCAGCUGAUGAAUAUCAGACGCUGUGGCCAUUCGGAGAGCUUCUUUUUUAUUGAGGUUGGCCGCUCUUCUUCAAUAGGACCUGGGGAGGUUUGGAUGCAGGUGGAUGAUUCUGUGGUGGCUCAGAACAUGCACGAGACCAUUCUAGAGACCAUGAAAGCGCUGAAGGCAUUUGCCGAGUUCAGGCCCAGAAGCAAAAGCCAGUCUUCUGGCACCAACCCGAUGGGCUUCAUCACCACGCGGCGACAUUUGGGCAACCUCCCGCCCAGUCAAACAGGACUCCAGCGGCGCUCUCGGACAGAGUCUGUGGUGGGCACUCCAUCUAGUAGGAAGAGCAGUGGAGCGAACGGAUAUCGAUUCCGCACCUCCAGCGAGGGAGAGAGCACGAUGAACCGUCCCUUUCGCUCAGUGACAGGUAGCCUUAUUCAUCUCAACACAGCCCGUGCUAACCUGAGCCGGCAGGAAAGUGGCAGUGGGGCCGGGGCCCGCUACAUUCGUGCCCCACCGGGCUCCACUUAUCAUGCCCGUUCGGCCUCGCUGCCAGUGUCACACUUCCCUUCAACCACCAGUCCGAUCAGCAUGUCUAGCAGCAGCGGGCAUGGCUCUGUGUCAGACACUAUCACUCGCCCCUCCAGUGCAUCCAUUUGUGGAUCCCCAAGCGAUGGAGGUUUCAACUCAUCUGACGAGUAUGGCUCCAGCCCUGGGGACUUCCGCUACUUCAGAGUACGCAGCAACACCCCAGACUCCCUGGGAAACACACCACCCAUCCGUGAGGAGCACUGCCUCAAUGACUACAUGGCUAUGGGCUGGAAUCGCGACGUGUUCGGAACGAGCGCGGCUGAAGCAACCCGAGAUGAGAGUGCUGAUGAAGAUUCACGACCGGGGUCGUUAAGGAGGCGGACCCCCUCCUUCUCCAGGCAGGUUGGGGGCGCUAGUGCUGCUGGAGUAGCUGUUUAUCAAAAGAUGACCCAGACCACCUUCUCGCUGGACGAGGCUGUGGCUGAGAGUAGCUCUUGGAGCGGCAGUGCCCAGACUGUCUCUACCUCCUCCUCCCUCUGCUCUGACUACAGCUCCAGUUCUGAACACAGCCAGGACCGCCCCCCUAGCCUACGGCCUGCUGAUGCACCCAAGGAUGAUGGGUACAUGCCCAUGAUGGCAGGUGUGCUGCCCUCCACUAGUGAUGCAGACUACAUGCCUAUGCAACCAAAUAUCCUCCUCUCUGCCUCUCCACAAGUCAGAAGUGCUGCUCUAAAUGUUCCCCAGCACAUGGACUCUCAAGGCUACAUGAUGAUGCUCCCAGGUAGGAGUGGCGCUACUGACUCCCCCGUCCCUUCCAGCCCUGUCAUUAGCAGACUAGCAGAGGGACAGAGAGCCUCUGACUGCCCCAAAAAUGCAGAAUAUAUGGAUAUGUCUCAGAGCAGCUCCACAGCUAAUGCUCAAAAGGUUUCCACCGAGAAUUAUUAUGCCUUGACCACUCCUGGUGUCCCCAAGUCCUACAGUCCAUAUUUCUCCCUUCCUCGCUCAUACAAAGCUCCAUCCAGAGACCAAGUUGAGCAUGAUGAUUAUGUUCCCAUGAGUUCCCCAGUGAAACCACUCUACAUCUCACCCACAGCCACCCCAGAUCGCAGUAGCAGGUGCCCACCUUCUGAGUCCUCUCAGCAUAAUAGCUUCACGGACCGCCGUGCCAUUCGGCCGAACCGUCUUCCCCUGGGAAGGCGAAGUUUGCACGGCUCUCUGCGAGCAGGUGAAGCGGCAGUGCGGCCUUCCAGCCCUGGAGAGUACAUAAAUAUUGAAUUUGGGGAUCGGCCCACAUAUUCUGCCUGCCCGUUGUCUGCUGAAGGCUCCCCCUCAACCCUCAGUAUUAACCGGGAGCAACGAAAGUCCCCUCUGCCGCAGGACUACAUGACUGUCGAGGUGGAUGGCCUUCCACCAAAGAGUCGGUCCCCUCGGCCCUCUCUGGUGGCCCCCUGGAAUCCUCCUUCAUAUAUCCGGCCCUCCUCAUCCUCCCACUGCAGCGGGCUCAUGGUGGGUAAACCUGACGACUACACAGAAAUGUCCUUUGGCCCUGAGGAUGAGUCGAAGAGCCCUACAGCCAUGCUUGAGCACCUGUGUGUUCUGGAACAACAGUUUUUCCCCUUCACCCCCCCGACUGAGCCCAAAGUUGUCCGUGCUGAUCCCCAGGGCAGGCGGAGACACAGUUCGGAGACCUUUGUCACAUCUUCGGAAGCGUCAGGUGGAAGUGGCCCGGACACCAAUGGCACCGUACCUAGCAAUGGUGGGGCUCAGCAGGUGGGCCGCAACAAGGGACAAAACUUUGACUGCGUUUGGAUUGAUGGCAUGACAUCCAGUAGUGAUGUAACGCUGGGAACCACAUCAGAUAGAGCCAAUACUCCCUCUGUGAGGUCUGCAAGGACUAUAACUGUGGAACACCAGAAUGGCCUGAACUACAUCGCCCUAGACCUGAGAGACGAUCUCCGGCCUGGGAACGCUCAUGAUGCGCUUCCCUUGCCAUCCUCCAGCGCUCCUCCCCCAGAGAACGGUGCCUAUGCCAGCAUAGAUUUAAUGAAGUCUGAGGGGCUUACAGCAGCGACUAAAGACUAAGGACUGUCUAAUCGAGCUCCUGCAGAGAUGCCGGAUGACGUGAGAGCCCUAGCACACAACCCUGUGGCACAGCAAAAGGAUCCUGAGUUUUGCUUUAAUGGACUUUUUUUAUUAUUAUUUGUUCAUGUGCUGUCUCAGAGCGCAUCCAUACGUUCUGUCUUGUACGAGUUCAGUGCUUUUGUGAUUUGUAAUACAAUGUUUUAUUCGCUGCAUAAAAAGGGAGGUUCAUCUUAUGAAGUCAUGAUCCACAAGUCUGGUUUGGUUAGGCGCAUGCUGUUUACAAGCAUCACGCGUAUGUACAAAUUGUAUUUAUUUCCCAUAAAGAUUUCAGGUGCAAUUACAGAUUUUAGUGUUUAUGUUUACCGUUUGCUUAACAGAGAGAACAUAUAUUGGUACAAUACAGACUGCAGAUGGGAUGUGACUGUACAGCAGUAGUUUUUUUUUUUUUUUUUUUUUUUUUAAACAAAUGUCUGUCUCUGUUAGGUCCUCACUUAAUGUUACACACACAUCUUCAAUUUUGGACUGUAGAAACCUCCUCUUUUUUUUUUUUUUACCAUCAACACUGUUCUUCAGUAUCUGUGAGUGUCAGGCUAGUUAAGUUUCAGUCUGCUUGCCCUGUGCUGGGCCCCAGGUGUUUUUUGCUGUGCCUUCUUGGUAUGUGGCGCAACCCAAACUUAGGCUUUUUUUUAUUUUUUUUUUAACCAGCAUCGUCUCCUCUUUGCCAAGUGUGUUGGAGAGAGAGAGAGAAAGAGAGGAGGUGCAGGAAAAGAGGAAGGGUCUAUUCUGGGACUCCCCUGAUUUAAUCUGCUGCAGUUGCUAAAAUGCCACUCAGAUAAGCACAGAGUUGAUUUAUAUCCUUCAAAUAAAUAUAAAUUAGAUAUGUUUUGGUACCCACAGUAAAUAAAUUGUAACUUCUGCAAUGUAGUGAACAAACGGCACAAUACGAAGGUACGAAAGCCCAAUUUUGUCUGUAUAAAUCUUUAUGCAUGCUCCUGGCAAUCAACAACAUAAAAACAGCCACAACAUUUCAUUCAUAUUUUAUUUAUAAUUAAUUAUAUUUAAUAUUUUAGUAUUACCAAUCAGCUGCUCUUUGUUCCAUGAUUCUCUUCUCUCAGUACUGCGGUAUGUCCUGCUUUGAUCAGGUCGUUCUUUCAGGAAGUGGAGAAGCGGUACAGUUUAUCGAACUGUGCUCCAUGACUGAUUUUUGCAUUGUUCUCUAAGUAUAUUUUUUCAAAGGAGUGAUAUGCACACUACUCAAUCUGCAACUUUGGGUUCAUUUGUCUUGGUUGCAUAAGUUUAACAGCCUUCCUUUUUGUAUUGUUUUUACAUUUCCUUGUUACUGCACAUUGUUUUUAAAAGACAAAAUGAAAUGUGAAACUUGUGACAAAGAAAAAAAAAAUGCAAAAACAAUGUAUGGUAUGGUCUUCAUUGUUAUUCUGUCAGUGGUACGAAAGUGAACUUUGUUGUCUGGUAAAAGGAUCCAUUCCUCAUGGAAUUACCAAAGCAAGUCUUAACUAGCACAUAUUGGCCAUUAAAACUCAGCUGUGGUUCUGUGAAAACAAGGUUUUACCCAGUGUCCAAAACUAUAUCUAAACCCCAAAAUUGCCUCAGUGUGGUAAAUGAGACAUAAAAAGGGUACAGGUUAGUCUUUUUCUGGCUAAUAUUAGCAUAAUAUUUGUAGCUGUGAAAAUGAUCUCUAAGAGUUACACUGAAACAUAAAAGCUUUAAAUCAGCCAAAUUCUUAAACUCUACAUAAGUGUAUUUGAUAUCAGACUUUUGCUAUUGUAUGUGAUCAAGCUGACUGCUUUUUGCCAUGAUUUUCAUUGAUUAGUACAGAUGUGCAGUGGUACAGCAUUAAUAUGUUUUUCCCCCUGAUUUUUUAUUUUUAUUUUGUUUUAAUAGUUCAGAUCUUUUCUUUUGGAAUGUUUUUUGAAAGGCAAUUCUUUGAUUUGGCAUCAUUUGAAAAUCAAAGAGAUGGGUGAGUUUGUGCAUCACCUUGUCAGUUUUUGUGUAUUUGUCAAUCCUCAUUAGUAUGCUUUGGAACAUUUGUGUUCUGUUCGCUGUUGUUUUUGAAGUCUAUGCUUGAAGGACGACAAAGUUCAGGUGUUGAGUCUGAGAAAAUACAAAAAAGGAAAAUCUUUUUAUGGUUGUGUCCAUGUGUACAUAUUGAUGCUUUGAAUUUUUUUUUUUUUUUUUUUUUCCCUGCAGUUGAGAGACAUUUCCUUUUUCCUCUGGUGGGAAAAAGAGAGUGAAAGCAGGCAAAUCAUUUGAGCAUUGCUUAGUGUUUGUAUUUAUCUUUUUUUUUUUUGCUUUCAAUAGAGCUAUUACAAUAAAAAAAGUUCCUGUGACACA